AUGCAAAAUUCCUCCCCUCCUUACCGGCAGAACAGUUAUCCCGGCCCGGCAGGCCUAAACAAUCCAAACCCGUAUUAUCAGAGCCAACAGCAGUACUAUGGAGGGAACCAGCCGGGGUAUCAACAAGCAUCGUAUCGUGGAGGCCAUGGACCUCAACGUGGCGGACAUUACCCCCCGCGAGGACAUCCAGAUCAGAGAUUCGGUGGUCCUCGUGGCCGUGGCAGAGGUGGUCAUUUCAACAAUCUCCAAUGGACAGCUCCAGGCUCGAAUCCAUCUGGACCCUCAAGCCAGAAUUUCCACAGUAACUCCUCACAAGCAUCGCCUGCUCCCUCGCAUUCCACCUCACAUGAGGGUCGUGAAGGCCCACCUGAGGAAGAAAAUCCGUUCAGACCAUCAAAGGAGCUACAGGUGGAAGAUGCAGGAAACCAGAAAUCACAAAUGGAUGACCGGGCUGGGCCGGCCACUUCCAAAUUCAGCUUUGCCUUCAAGUCUAAAGUUCCUCCUCAAGCACCGGCAAGGGCUCCUCCUGAUUUUUCCACAAGACCUAAAGCACCGUUUCAGCCGCCGGAGACCAGGCCUCCACCCCAUCCAAGGAACAAACAUCAUGAACGUCGAGAUGAUAGAGGCGGAUAUCGAGGAAAUAGAGGGGCUUCUUACCAUGACCGGAGGGCACCUAACGAUAGACAACAGAUUCCGAACGAGCGCCGGCCGACUCGCUCACGCUCACCUCCUUCAAAGAAAGUCAAGAAGGAAAUCAAAUCACGGCCCACGUUACCUCCCGAGUUCGCCGAAUCCGAAUCCAUCUAUUACAGGAAGCCAGGCAACGAAUCGGUUGUUGGUGCGGGUACAUAUGGAAAAGUGUUCAAGGCCAUUCAUAUCUACACAAAGGACAAGGUUGCCCUGAAGAAGAUUCGAAUGGAGGGGGAAAGAGACGGAUUUCCCAUAACCGCCGUCCGUGAGAUCAGGCUACUGCAACACCUCCGGCAUAAACAUGUGGUCGCAUUGCAAGAGGUCAUGGUGGAAAAGAAUGAAUGCUUCAUGGUUUUCGAGUAUCUUUCCCACGACAUGACCGGUCUCAUCAACCAUCCGACGUUCAAACUGACCGCGGCACAUAAAAAGGACUUGGCAAAGCAGAUGUUCGAGGGGUUGAAUUACCUUCACCGACGAGGUGUCCUCCAUCGAGAUAUCAAAGCUGCCAACAUUCUCAUUUCGAAUACCGGACAGCUCAAGUACGCCGAUUUUGGAUUGGCCCGCUUUUACACCAAGUCCCGCAAGUUGGAUUACACCAACCGAGUCAUCACCAUUUGGUACCGCCCUCCCGAGCUUCUUCUCGGCGAAACCCAGUACGGCCCCGAAGUCGACAUCUGGUCAGCCGCCUGUGUGUUUGUGGAAAUGUUCACCAAGAAGGCCAUAUUCCCUGGUGAGGGAGGCGAGCUCAGUCAGAUUGAAAAAGUCUACAGUGUCCUCGGUACACCAACACGAGCAGACUGGCCCUCGAUCAUUGACCUACCUUGGUUUGAGCUUAUUCAGCCCGUGGACAGACGGAAAAGAGUGUUUGAAACCAUGUUCAAAGAUGUCUUCACCCCUGCCGGUCUUGAACUGGUGCAAUGGAUGUUCAAAUACGACCCCAGGAAACGGCCCACGGCGGAAGAAGUUCUGAAUCAUGCCUACUUUACUCAGGAAGAGCCGCAAGCGGUACAAGCGGUGGAGCUGGCAAACGUCGAAGGCGAUUGGCAUGAGUUUGAGAGUAAGGCUCAUCGCAAGGAGAACGACCGGCGCGAAAAGGAAAGAAAGAAAGAAGAGUACCUCCGUGAAAGAGAGAAGAGAAAGGCUCGAGAGGCUGGGCUGACAGAUCCUGGGGAUGGAGACAAGAAGGCCAAGUUGGACGAUGGGUCUGCUCCCGGGAGAGAGAUGGCUCCGCCGUCGAAUGUCGACGGUGCUGGUGCCGCUGCCUCUGUCCAACCUCCGGCUGAGGAGCCUAAGCCCGAGGAUGAGGAUGAGUCUGAGGGCGAAGGUAGCGCUCGGAUGAGUAUGUCAUGA